CUGAAGUACAUACAACUUCCGGGUUUCAAUGUUUACAUCUGGGAGCUGAUUUCAAACGUUGCAAAUCCAGAUUUCUACUUGGCUAGAGUUUACGAAAACUACGCGCAUUUAAGUUUGGUUUAAUACUGCACCGUAACGUUUUAAGGACGAACGUUUACUCGCAAGUCCAUUUAAUUUGCAAAGGUAACUAGACCUGUUCUGGUUAAGAUAGCUACUAUACGUACCACAGAUGAUCCUGUUUUGCAUUUUUAUAUCCGAGAUUUGUUGUUUGUUUAACUAUUCUGGAAAUAAUAGUCAUGAAAAAGAAAAGCAAACGUGCGCGGUUGUCUGAUCCUUCACAAGAGAAAACCGUGAACGUUAUUGCCAGUGGGUUCCAGAAAUCACCUGGAAACAGAGGGCGACCACGAAAGAAAGCCACGCCGACCCCACCACAACAACAUGGUUUUAAUCACAGUAACCCUCCAUCACCAGAGCAGUCAGCAAGUUUUAACUUAAGCAUGACAGCAGUCGGCGUGACACACAGUCAUAUUGACAGCAAAUCAAAAACAUCAGGUAGACUACCCCAAGCUCUCUGUCGGCUCUGCCAUGGUAAAUUCUCACCACGAAGUUUACGGCACGCCUUUAACAAGUUGCCUAAGGAUUUGGCCGAGCUCCCAGACUAUGAGGACAGUGUUCCUCAGUCCCCCCUCCUCUUCCACAAUGACUUCCAGAGGCUGGUGGGGGUCCCACUGGACCGAGACCCCCGGCUGUCAGAGUUUGUCUGUAAGAAAUGUUACACCAACUUCUACAAAUGUCACAGCGUCCUGCUCAGGUUUCUCCAGAGAGUUAACCUGCUGCCUGUCGGCAAAGAAAACGCUAGAGACCGGAAGAAUGAAACGAGUCCUCAGUCAUUGGUGAAUCUCAGUUCGACAAUGCCGCCGUCUUUCACGGCCGACCGCAAGUGCCUCCACAGCCUGGUGUCCUGGGCUCACCACCACGGGGAGGCCUGCCGUUCCUGCCCUGACCUCAAGGAGGUGCUGGAGGGCCAGUGCUGGGGCUCCGUCCGGGCCGUGUGGGGCUGCUUGAGUGGUCACAGUCACAUCAUGGACACGCAGCGCAACGCUGGCACUAAUAGUGAUCCGGGAUAUGUGGCAGAACUAAGCUGUGCUCUAUUGGGUGGCGGCAAAGGGGCCUGUGAAGAGGGCGACGAAGGAGAUGUCAACACACAGGAAGAAGAAGACCAGGAUGAUGAAGUAGGCGGGGGCAGGUCCAGUCUUUCCGCAGCUGCUAAUCGGACGCACCACUCAGGCCGGAAGGAUGGUGCUGCGUACCCAGAAGACGAGUUCCUAGGUCGUGAGCAGGUCCCAUUCCCUCCUGCACAGCUGCGCAACAUGACAGCAGACGGCGAGAUGUCAGACAGAGAUCUAUCUAUUGAGGAGGACUUUGAUGAGGGUAGGAAGAGAAACGCCUCAGACGACGAACUGUUCCAGCCUUAUCAGGAUAAAAGGCCUCGGAGAGUGACGGGCCCAGGCAAGAGGAGGCGCGGCCCGGCCACCCGAGAGGAGCCCAAGGUCCGAGGUAAACCGGGACCCAAGCCUGGCUGGAAGAACAAGUUCAAACCUCAAGGUGAAGAGCUACCCAAUAUCUACAAGUGUCCAUAUCAGGGAUGCACAGCAGUAUACAGAGCUACUGAUGGGCUAAAGAAGCACAUAAAGGAGCAGCACGAGGAGAACCGAGAACGGCCCUGUCCUUAUCCUGGCUGCAACAAGAUCUUUAUGAUUGACCGCUACCUGCAGCGACACGUCAAGCUUAUUCACACAGACGAGAGGAACUACAUCUGUGACCAGUGUGGACAGACAUUCAAGCAGAGGAAGCAUCUAUCAGUCCACCAGAUGCGUCACUCUGGAGCUAAGCCACUGCAGUGUGAAGUGUGUGGCUUCCAGUGCCGCCAGCGCGCCUCUCUCAAGUACCACAUGACCAAGCACAAGGCCGAAGCCGAUCUGGAGUUUGCCUGCGUCCUGUGCAGCAAGCGCUUUGAGAAGGCCCACAACCUCAACGUCCACAUGUCCAUGGUCCACCUGCUGACCCAGGGGGAGGCCCUGAGAGGGGUCCCCCUCCAGCAGCAGCCCACGCCCAGCCAGCUGUACUCGGACUCGCACGCAGUCACAGAGACGGGAGAGGGGGCCCAUCAGCCAGAACAGGAGAGAUGACCCUGGAGCAACGACCGUCUGCCCCGACAGCUUCAGGGAUUUGUUCGGGGGGGCCGUGGGUCCCUUGUCCUUUGUGGACAAAGACACUGUGUUUACAUGGGUUCUGAUCUCGGAGGGAUACGCCAUGUUCUCCUUGUUUACAAUAUCAGACCAUCCUGAUUGACAAACUGAUGCCAACAAUGAUUUAAAGAAAACCAUCUAAGCAGCUAAACAGGGUGUAAACAGUAGAAGAAAAGUCAUCAUAUCCCCAUUUUGAUAUGUAGGACAGGUUGAAGAAGGGUAAAAACUAAAGCCUGGAGCUCCAAGGAGAGUAAAGGUUACUAGCUGAAGCAUAGUUUUGUCCUUGCUGGCCAUCAAAACCGGAACUGUAAUCGUUAUGGGAGUUAUGGUCUCAUUUAAGCACUAUGCAUAUUGAAUACACAUUUAUUCCUUAAAGAGCACCACUGACAUUUAAAGCUGCUGUAGCUUUGAUUUGAGAGUUGUACAGAGAGCAGCAGAGUGAUAUUAGAACUAUCAAACAGAAAAUGUUCCCCUACGUUUCCCUGACAUUCUGAAGUCUUGCAUUUCACACCUUUGAUUGACGGGCAGGAUGGAUUCCGUAAUGAGCUGGGAGUGGACUAAAUCCUUAAGUCUCAUACAGAAGCCGGCGCAGUCAACUUGAAAGGCAUAUUUUCACAACACAUUUAACGAAUAGCUGACGGAUGGCUAUACUUUGUCCACAAAUCCUCUUGAAUCUUAACUUUUUAGCUUUGAAACAAUAAUUUAUUCUCCAUUACUAAUACACCAUCCAAUUCCUACAUUUGAAACCAUUUAUUCAAUUAUUCAUUGUUGCCAACCCGUUCUUCCAGACGGCUCCAUGGACUGUGUCUACUCGUAGAAACAUGAACCUCUUGCGUAAGAUGGUUUUAUUGAGUUAUUCUGAGGAAUAAAACAAAUGAUUUCAACUAUAUAAUGUAAACCGUGCAAUGGCAGAUGCAAAUGUAUAAUACAGACUUUAUAAGUCA